UUGGUCGUUGUUUGAUGACGUUUGCAGGGACUUUCCAAGUACUGUAAUAAACUAGUUAAGAGGUAAAUGACGACAGUAGAAAGGGAGGUGAAAACAGUGGGUUUCGCAAAACUAGAGGCGUUGAAACAUGAAAAAGAUUCAAAGCUACGUGUUGUCGAGUUACUUUAAAGAAAGACCGAGAAAAGCGUUUUUGUGAAAUUUACAAAUAAAUAUAAAAAAUGUCAGCACGGCUCCCCGGGGGGCCGGACAGGACAGCCAGCGAGCUGCCUUGCUGUUCUACGGGCGGUGCUGGGAUUUACAGCCGCAGCAUGUCACCAGCAAAACAACAUCCACGGAUGCUUACUGACGAAUUCGCAGUCUCCGAGGAGAGGCAGAGCUUUCUGACAUCUGUCAAACCUAAAGUCGAGUUGCUUUUCAGAGUGGAUUUCACAAUCGUAGGCCUGCUGGACCCGGCCGUGGGUCGCGGAAGCAGAGCAACGAGGCAGAUUUGGGUUCAGUUGACGGGGAUGAAGGAAGACGUAUGGAAGGCCAAGGAAUACGUCAAGGGUGUCUGUAACCCAGAACUGCAAGAGAUGGAGAAGUACCCCAAGGACAUGCACUGCAUAUUUGUUGGAGCACAGAAAUUAUUCAUCAACUGCCUCAUACAGGACACGAGUGCCGAUGUGUCGGUGGUGGAGAUGGGCAUGCUGAGCAUUCGCGGUGGGACUGAGGCAGUGGUGAUGGCGCAGAGUCAGAUUCAGCAGUUUGUAAAGCUUUUCGUAGAAAACCAGAGCUUGCUGAGUAAAAAGGAGCCUUUGGUGAAGAAGGCGUUUAAGAAUUUUGUAGAAUCACAUGCUGAUAAGUAUACCAUGGAGUUACUUCUGUUGCCAAGUUCCCUAAAAGAAGAACUUUUGAGUCUCACCAAGAGCACUGUGCAGCGGCAUACAAGGCUUGAGUUUCAGGACACUUUCGACAAAGUGCAGUCUCACCCGAGGUGUGGAAACAAUGCAUCCUGCAUAGACAUAGAAAACCCGCAAGAGGUAGAAAGAGGAAAAGCCUGCACCCCUGUAACAGAACUGUCAAACCAAAUACUGAACGCCUUUAUCGCAGAGUUUGAAGAGGAUCCGCCUGCGGAGUCAACAGUGCCCAAGGAGAGACAGUCUUGCAAGAGGAGAUCUUCGGGCAGUGAGGAUCGGGAUACAAAGAGGCAGUUUUCACUUGAAAGCAAAGACAGCGCCUAUAGUGUCGUCAAGUCUGGCAGCCCCACAUACAUACUCAGCGAUGAGGACAGUGCAAACACCGAUGGCUCGGUCAUUAUGGUAGACAGCAAUCGGGCAGAGGAUGUGAGCCCUGAAACCAAUUACAACUGCCUGGUGAACUUCUUUAAAACUAUGGGGUAUGCCAGGGAGCUUGUGGUUAAAGUCAUCGAGGAGAUGGGCCAAAGGGAGGAACCUCUUGUGCUUCUCAAACGUAUUGAGGAAGAAAACCAAAAGCUGCAAGGUGGGGAAAGAAAGCACCCCAUCUCCCAAGCUCCUAGCAGCUCAAAAAAGACUUUGUGUGAAGGAUCGAAGAAAUCCGUCCAGCCAGAGGUGCGUUCAGGCAAGGGCAAGGAAAAGCAGAGUAACAUAUUAAGUGAUGUGAAGAACUGCAAGCCUCUGAAUGCCUGUCGGCAAGAAGAACAGCGAAGUGACUCCCUCAGGGUGACCGAGAACAUAUCCUUGUGUCCGCGCAUAAAGCCUUUGAAUGCCUAUCAGCAAGAACAGCAAAGUGACUCCCUCAGAGUGACCAAGAACAUAUCCUUGUGUCCGCGCAUAAAGGCAGUGAUAACAAUCGGUGAUGAUGAAGAUGAAAAAGAUAUAGAGACUGAUGGGUCCGCUGUUAAACCUGCUCUGAGAUUAGCGAAAGAGAAUGUGACUCUGAAAGAAGCAGACUUCAUAGCAAGAGGGAGCUCUGGGAAGCCGUUGUUUAAACCAGUCCUGGUUGAAUCAGUCACUCCUCUGCGGAGCUCAGCAGGACUCUCUUCCAGACAGGACGCCAGCCCAGCCCCCGAUAAACUCUCUCGCUGCUCCUCCUCCUCCUUCUUUCAGGCUGUACCUUCCAGGCCGCCUUUACAAUUCAUCGCAACAAUGCCUUCCCAUGAGGCAGCAGCAUCUGUACCGGCAGCUAAACCUCAGAAGCCGAACGCUUCAUAUGUGACAGGAGAGAAACGGUUUCAGGAGUCUCUGAAAACAAAAUACAAACUGAAUCUUGAAAAUAAACCAGGAAGGCAGGAUCUAAAGAAUGUCAUCAUUGAUGGCAGCAAUGUGGCCAUGGGGCAUGGGCUGCACAAAUACUUUUCGUGUCGUGGGAUCGCCAUUGCCGUAGAGUUCUUCUGGAAAUACGGACACAGACACAUCACUGUAUUUGUUCCACAGUGGAGACAGAGAUAUGAUCCCCUCAUUACAGAGAAGCAUUUCUUAGAAGAAUUGGAAGAGCUGGGGAUUCUGUCAUAUACUCCUGCUAGAAUGUUUUGUGGACAAAGAAUCGCGUCUCACGAUGACAGGUUCUUGUUACACCUGGCAGAAAAAACUGGGGGAGUCGUCGUCACAAAUGACAAUUUAAGAGAAUUUGUAACUGAAUCCGAAGCGUGGAGACAAAUCGUAAAAGAAAGGCUUUUACAAUAUACAUUUGUUGGUGAUAUAUUCAUGAUACCUGAUGAUCCUCUGGGGAGAUUUGGACCCAGACUGGAUGAGUUUAUGCGCAAAGACUUAAGGCGUGGACCUCCACGAGCACAGCUCGGACCUCCAGCAGCAGCUUCCACUGAACCUCCACCAGCUACAGGGCCUGGGCUUCAAACCCCCCCCCUUCCAGCGCAGAGCCCCGACGAGCCUCCGCGCAGAUCUACGGCAGACACGGAGGAUGCCAGGAAGCACCUCUAUAAUAUCUUCCCUCAACAAAGACAGAAGAUUGAUCAGAUCCUGUCUGAGCACCCGCACAUGAGAGACCUGAAUUCACUGUCCUCACUGGUGCUGGACCUCGAAGGACAGCAUGGGUAGCAAGCGCAGGAAGAAAGGCACGGGUACAAGCGCAGGACGAAAGGCACAGACUGUUGCGCUUUUCUUUUUGUUGUUUGUGUGUGUGCGAGAGAAGAAUGUAAAUUAAACUUUUGAGUUUGAAAUGGUUUGUUUUCAUUAGAAAAGGAAAAUAUUUUGUUAACAGCUGUUUGUUCAAAAUCUGUAUAUUUUCUUGUAAUUAACAUUUAAUUUAUUGCAUCAGAGAGCUAGGUUUGUUGUUAAUUACUGUGUUACAAUGCUUGUUUCUGUAAACCAUGUACAUUGUCUGUCCUUGUAAAAAAUGAAUAUACCCCAACUUGUACAUUUAAGUCCCAUACUCAUUGGGUACAGAAUAUUUUUUUACAUUUAGGGCAAACCUUUGUAAUGAAAAACACAGGUUUUUUAUUUUUUUGUGUCUCAGAUUUGAUCAGUUGCUGUUCUGUUUCAUUAUAGUGUUAAUGAAAGCACUUUGAACAGUUACAGCUCUGGCCAAAAGUUUUGCAUCCCCCUAUAGAAUUCACUCAUUCAGCUUUGCAAAGUCGAAUGAAACCUGAAUAAUAAUAUGUUUAUUGAAUUACACACUGCUCUGUAGUUUUCUUUAUAUUUAACAAAAAAGUUACAACAUUGGAAAGUUUUGACAUUUCGAAAUUAAAUGAAAUACUGUACUACUAUCAUGGCUUCCGGUAGACUUUUGCAAUAUCCUUUUGUAGUUUCUUUGAUUACAUGAUGUUAAAUAAAAGAGCUCACUUGUGUUCAUAUAUUUUAUUUAUCUUAAUCCUAAAAUUCAAGGUCAUGCAAAACUUUUGUCCAUAGCUGUGCAGUCUAUACUAAAGCAUUUGUGCUUAGCUGUGCAGUCUAUACUAAAAUGUCAAGUCUUUACAUUAAUGUUGCUGUUUAGGCCUUUGUGGCCCUUGUUCUGAAGUUCACUGAUCUUGAGACCUGGAAGGAGUGAAGUCUAUUUCUUUGUUUCCGUUGAGGCUCUUCUGUCACGUACAGUAUGUGUUGUUGAAAGUCCACAUUCAUUUCUUGUGAUCAUUGUGAGGUGUUUAUUUGAAAUGUUUAUGGAGCUACUCUCAGAAUAUUGUGUACAGUUAUAGUUGGCUGGGAGGAGUGUGUUAAAGAUAAUUUCGUUGCACCUCCCAAAGCAUUUUGCAGUACAUGCACUGUUCAAGUCUCAUUAAAAAUUUGGUUUUGAAGUUAA